UGUCUUCCGUGCCUUGCAGGUCAGCUCCAGAACCAGAGGCAAGAGAAACGAGGAGGACAGCUGGUCUUGUGUUAGCGAACAUGAGUGCUCCCCUUUGCUAAGCAGGAUCUGCCCUGUUCUGCAUUUGGAUGGGUGACUACAUGUGAGCACCGUAAGAUAUUCCCCUUAGGGGUGGGGCUGUAGCUCAGUGGAAGAGCAUCUGCCUGCUUGCAUGCAGAAGGUCCCAGGUACAACCCCUGGCAGCAUCUCCAGGUAGAGCUGGGAGAGACUCCUGCCCUGAAACCUUGGAGAAGCCGCUGCCAGGCUGGGUAGACAAUCCUGAGCUAGAUGGGCCAGUGGUCUGAUUUGCUAAGACAGCUUUCUGUGUUCCUAAAUCCUUUCUGUAAAUGCUUCCUGAACUUGAAUUUGGUGCUGAGGAUUACGAUUCAACAUGGGAAGGCUGAAAUUGACUUAAGCCGCUGGCUGCUUUGUCCAACAUGAUAGCGGUCAUUCCGUGAAUGCGUUUGUGGGCCUAACAAACUUGGGGGCCACUUGCUACGUCAACACGUUCCUGCAGAUGUGGUUCUUGAACUUGGAGCUCCGGCAGGCGCUCUACCUGUGUCCGAUCGCCCGCCCCGAAUACCUGACAGCGGAAGGCACUCCAGUAAGCAAAGAUUACGAGCCGCAGACCAUCUGUGAGCACCUCCAGUACCUGUUUGCUUUGCUGCAGAACAGCAAGCGGCGCUACAUCGACCCAUCGGGGUUUGUGAAAGCCUUGGGUCUGGACACAGGUCAGCAACAGGAUGCCCAGGAGUUCUCCAAGCUCUUCAUGUCCCUGUUGGAGGACACCCUCUCCUCGCAGAAGAACCCAGAGGUGCGGGACAUUGUCCAGAAGCAGUUUUGCGGCGAGUACGCGUACGUCACUGUGUGCAACCAGUGUGGCAGAGAGUCCAAACUUAUCUCGAAGUUUUAUGAGCUUGAGUUAAACAUCCAGGGCCACAAGCAGCUGUCAGACUGUGUCACGGAAUUUCUGAAGGAAGAAAAACUGGAAGGGGACAACCGGUACUUCUGUGAGACCUGCCAGAGCAAACAGAACGCCACCCGGAGAAUCCGGCUCCUCAGUCUUCCCUGCACCCUCAACCUGCAACUCAUGCGCUUCGUAUUUGAUAGACAAACAGGCCACAAGAAGAAACUGAACGCGUACAUCGAGUUUUCGGAAUUGCUAGACAUGGAGCCCUUCAUGGAAGACACAGCCAGCGUCUCUGCCUACGAGCUGAGUGCGGUUCUCAUCCACCGAGGCGUCAGCGCCUAUUCCGGCCACUACAUCGCUCAUGUGAAAGACCCGCAGACGGGAGAGUGGUACCGCUUUAACGAUGAAGAGAUCGAAAAGAUGGAGGGCAAGAAACUGCAGCUGGGGGCAGAAGAAGAUCUAGAGCCUUCCAAAUCUCAGGCGCGAAAGGCCAAGUGUGGCAAGGGAGUCUACCGCUCUCGGAACGCCUACAUGCUGGUGUACAGGCUGCAGACGCGGGAGAAAUCGCUGGCUGUCGACAUCCCAGCUUUCCUGCAGGAGCUGGUCGAGCAGGACAACGGCCGCUUUGAGGAGUGGUGCCGGGAGAUGGCGGAGAUGCGCCAGCAGAGUGUGGCCCGGGGCAAGAGCAAGCACGAGGAGGUGAAGGAGCUCUACCAGAGGUUACCCGCGAAAGCUGGCUGCCCCCCCUAUGACUUCCUGUCUCUGGAAUGGCUGCAGCGGUGGCUGAGUGAGGCCACGCCUCCCAAGCCCAUCGACCACUCGGCCUGCCUGUGUCCGCACGGCAAGUUGCACCCGGACAAAAUCCCCACCGUCAAGAGGGUCUCGGAGUACGUGGCCGACUAUUUCUACAAGAGAUACGGCGGAGGUCCCAGGCUGACAGUCAAAGCCCUCUGCCGGGACUGUGUGGUGGAGAGAUGCCGCGUCCUCCGCCUGAAGAGCCAGCUCAACGAGGACUACAAGACCGUCUCCAACUUGCUGAAAGUGACAGUCAAAGGCCCCGACGGGUUCUGGGUCGGGAAGUCCUCCUUGCGGAGCUGGCGCCAGUUGGCCCUGGAGCAGCUGGACACCCCAGACGACGACGCGGACCAAAGCAAUGGCAAGAUGAACGGCGACGCCAAGAGCAAAGACGAACCCAGCGCCGAGAAGCGGGAGGAAGAGGAGCUGAAGUUCAACGAGGACAUUGUCUGCCCCCAUGGCAACCUUUGCAUCUCGGAGAACGAGCGGAGAAUCGUCUCCAGAGAAGCCUGGGAGAAACUCCAGUGCUACUUCCGGAACGCCCCGGAAUUCCCCAGCAGCCGAGAUUCCUGUUCCCAGUGCAAGAUUCUGGAGCGGGAAGGAGAGGAGAAUGAGGCCCUCCACAAAAUGAUGGCUGGCGAGCAGAAGGGCUCCCUCCCGAACCUCUUCCAAGACAAAAGCAGGCCUUGCCUCAGCAGCUGGCCAGAGGAGGUGGACGAGCUGUACGUCGUCUCCAGGUUCUUUGUGGAAGAGUGGAGGAAGUUUGUGAGGAGGCCGACUCGGUGCAGCCCCGUCUCCUCGGUGGGCAACCGGGACCUCCUCUGCCCGCACGGCGGCCUGAUGUUCACACUGGCUUCCAUGACCAAAGAAGACUCCAAGCUUAUAGCUCUGAUAUGGCCCAGCGAGUGGGAGAAGAUCCAAAAGCUCUUUGUGGUGGACCACGCCAUCCGCGUCGUCCGGAGGCAGCUGCCUGCCGAGGCGGCUCCCGAGUGCCCCCUCUACCUCACGGAGCCUGAGCUGUGCUCAGACUGCAGGGAAGGGCUCCUGUGCCAGCAGCAGAGGGACCUCCGGGAGUACGCCCAGGCCACCAUCUACGUGCGCAAAGUGGUGGACAACAAGAAGGUCAUGAAGGAGGCUGCCCCAGAGCUCAACAUGAGCAGCUCGGAGGCGGAAGAAGAGAGGGAGGAGGCCCGGCUGGAAGGCGAGCAGGACCCGGAUUUCAACCAGGCCGACAGCAACGCCAAGCGGCAGAAGGUCUCGCACCCGAACUACAUCGUCUACCAGAAACAGGGAAUCCGGCGGAGCACAAGGCACCGGAAGGUCCGUGGGGAGAAAGCCCUCUUGGUGUCGGCCAACCAGACGCUGAAGGACCUGAAAAUCCAGAUCAUGCACGCUUUCUCCGUCGCUCCGUUCGACCAGAACUUGUCGAUCGACGGGGCGACCCUCACCGACGACUCAGCGACCCUCGGCAGCCUUGGAGUCACUCCAGAGUCCGUGGUCUUACUCAAGGCUGAUGAGCCCAUUGUGGAUUAUGCAGCAAUAGAUGAUGUUAUGCAAGUCUGUAUGCCCGAAGAAGGCUUUAAAGGAACUGGCCUUCUGGGACAUUAACACUUCCCUUCACUGCCUGGCAGCGGAUGUGAGCAGGACCUGAGCUUUGGGGCCUGGCUGGGCCUCCUCCAGACCAGCCGGCGUUCCCAGGGGAUGCCUCCCCAUGUUGGACCGGACUGCCCCGCAGCCCAGAGGACCUUUUCCAGGAGAGUUUCCCAUUUUGAUACCCGGUUAGAACCAAGGUGGUGGAGUUGUGCGAGAACUGGACAGCUGCUUGAACCCUCCAGCUGAGGAGGAAGCCGGACCCCUUGGCCCCUCCCUGCUCCCUACCCCAGGGUCGUCUGCAGGCCUCUCUUCCACACCUGCCUCCACUCAGCACUCCCACGGAGCUCUGCCUCCAGCUGGCCGCCUCUCCUCCUCGUUGCUUCUGAGACCCACACAUGGUUCUUCCUCCUCCCCCCCCCCAGUUAACAGCCACGAGAUGUUGCCAGCAGCUGCUCCUAAAACGUGGGGCACCCUACAGCCCCUUAGCUGUUUCACUUCCAGGACGUCAAGAGGGCAACGGUGGCCAUUUUCUCUGGGGUUGCUUUAACCAUAGGCUUUCUUCUGGAUUUGGGGCUUGGGUUUUGGCGGGGAGAAAAGAGAGUUUCCGCUCCAGCGAUGCCCAUGGAUCUCUCUCCUCGAGUACUUCCUACUGAAAGCAAAAGUGGAGGGGCAGAGGUGAGCUGGGGAGGGCCUGGGUGUGCCCCUGGCUCUCUGCCUGUUGCUUGGUUGGUCUGGUGGGGCGGGGCCUUGGGCACACACCUUCCAUUUUAGGUCUUCAGGAAUGUCUCUAAAAAGGGCUUCUUUUAAAAAAACAAAACACAAAAAAAACCCCACCACCACCACACCCAACCCUGCAGAAACUGCUGCAACAGGCCACCAGCCUUUUGAAAGGGUUGUGUGUGAGCGGGUGGGUUGGGCCUUUUAUUGGUAAGCAGAUGCAAACUCCUUGACCGUCAUGUUUCAUCUCCAUUUGCUGUUCCAGGAAAGAGGGGGGGCGGGGGGGAGGCAGGCAGAGGGUGCCGAGGGUCUUCCCGCACCCCCUCGGCUUCAGGACUUGAACCCGGCAAGCGGCCCAGGUCUCUUGGAGGCGAGAAAUGGAGCUGGGCCGCCUUCCUCCUUCCCGAGGGCAAGAGACCAGCCCUGACACGGCCGGCCAUUGGUGAUGCUCCAUGGAGCAGCCUGCCUCCCUCUGCUCCUCUCCCCCGAAACCGGGCCCGGAAGGGGCAUCCUUUGUCCUCCACACGAGCACUCACUCAUGCAUGGACGGGGGAGAUUUUAGUCCAUUUGCCUUCCCACCCCCACCCCCCGGCCCUCCUGCUUUUGUACGGCUUCCUCAGCAAUCGUGUGUGCUAAUUCCCUGGGAAGGCUGCUCAGCCAUGAUGUGUAUAUAUGCGAGUGUACAUAUAUAUAUAUAUAUAUAUAUAUAUAAGAAUAUAGAUUCCAGGGCUGCUGCCGCCUCAGCUGUACCAGGCGGAGGUGUCUGGGUGUUGCCACAAAAAAGACGGAGCAGGAACCAGCCCGGGGGGGUGGGGGGGGCGCGUCUCCCUCCCUCUGUUCCUGCAAAACUGUCUGGACAAGGUUUCGGAGCACUCAAGGCCUUAGGAAGGUGUGUACAUGUGGUCAGUCCUCUUGUUUGUACUGUAUUGCAUAAAGCGGUUUUUUUUCCACA